CGGCCAGCGGCCAUCUUUCCUCCCGGCGGCUGCUCCCGGUGCAAGUGCGGGGUCCGCGGCCCUGCCAGCGCCCUCGGCCUCGGCCGGAGCAGUGGGGAGGCGUGGAUGAGGGGGGAGGUGAGGAGGAGCCGCCCCCCCAGUGUCGCCGCCUCCCCCGACCGAGGGCAGGCCGGGCGGGCAGAGCCCCCAGGGCGGGCUCGGGCUCGGGCUCCAGCUCGGGGUCGCUCCCCGGUGCGGCGUAGUCCCACCCGCAGGAGACCCCUCCUCUCGGCAGACCCCUCCCCGCGAGACACCCCUCCCCGCGGGAGACCCCUCCCCGCGGGAGGCCCCUCCCCCCGGGGGCCCGCCCCGCCCGCCCCGCCCGCCCCGCUGCUCUCAGGGUCGGGGGCUCCUCCCAGAUGGGAUAAGCUGUAAAGAUGUUUAGUUUUGAAGGGGAUUUCAAAACGAGGCCCAAGGUGUCCCUCGGAGGCGCCAGUAGGAAGGAAGAAAAGGCUUCUCUUUUACAUCGUACUCAGGAAGAAAGAAGAAAGAGAGAGGAGGAAAGACGAAGAUUGAAAAAUGCAAUAAUUAUACAGUCAUUUAUACGAGGCUACAGAGACCGGAAACAGCAACACGCCGUCCAGAGAAGCGCGUUCGAUCGCUGCGCCGCCGCCUCUCAGUCGGGGGGUACCUUCUCCGUUGCCAGUGGGCCCAACCUUACCCUUUUGGUGAGGCAGCUUCUGUUUUUCUACAAGCAGAACGAAGACUCAAAACGUUUGAUAUGGAUGUAUCAGAACUUAAUUAAACACAGCUCCCUGUUUGUCCAGCAGUUGGAUGGAUCUGAGCGACUUACAUGUUUAUUUCAAAUAAAGAGGUUGAUGAGCCUCUGUUGCAGGUUAUUGCAAAACUGUAAUGAUGACAGUUUGAAUGUUGCACUUCCAAUGAGGAUGCUUGAGGUGUUUUCAUCUGAGAAUACUUAUUUGCCUGUUUUACAAGACGCUAGCUAUGUGGUGUCCAUCAUUGAACAGAUUUUGCACUACAUGAUUCAGAAUGGGUAUUAUAGAUCUCUGUAUUUGUUAAUUAACAGCAAGCUUCCAUCAAGUAUUGAAUAUUCUGAUUUAUCUCGAGUUCCUAUAGCAAACAUUUUGCUAGAGAAUGUUCUGAAACCAUUGCACUUUACUUACAACUCCUGUCCAGAAGGUGCAAGGCAGCAAGUUUUUAGUGCCUUCACUGAGGAGUUGUUGGCAGCACCUUUUACAGAUCAGAUUUUUCAUUUCGUCAUUCCAGCCUUAGCGGAUGCACACACUGUUUUCCCUUAUGAGCCCUUCCUGAGUGCACUGUUGUUACUGGAGAGCAGGUGCUCCAAGACAAGCAGUGGGGCACCAUGGCUCUUCUUCUUUGUCUUAACUGUUGGCGAGCAUUACCUGGGGACCCUCUCUGAGGAAGGACUGCUGGUGUAUUUAAGGGUACUCCAGACCUUUCUCUCUCAGCUACCAGUUUCACCUGCCGGCACGAGCUGUCAGGAUUCGGCCAGUGACUCGGAAGAUGAGGGUGAAGCAGCAGACAAGCAGCCAAGCGCUCCGGAGGAUGGUAGGCUCUCAGUACCAUACAUAACAGAGGAGUGUCUGAAGAAGUUGGACACGAAGCAGCAGACCAACACCCUGUUAAACCUGGUGUGGAGGGACUCAGCCAGCGAGGAGGCCUUUACUCUGAUGGCAUCGAUCGGCCACACGCUGAUGGUGCAGCAUCGGAUGGUGGUGCCCAAAGUCAGGCUUCUCUACAGUUUAGCCUUUAAUGCCAGGUUUCUGAGACACCUUUGGUUUCUCAUCUCUUCUAUGACAACACGGAUGAUCACAGGGUCUAUGGUGCCGCUGCUCCAGGUGAUCUCUAGGGGUUCUCCGAUGUCUUUGGAAGACUCCAGUCGGAUCAUCCCUCUCUUCUACCUGUUUAGCUCUCUGUUCAGUCACUCGCUAAUUUCCAUACAUGACAAUGAAUUCUUUGGAGAUCCCAUAGAAGUUGUAGGUCAAAGACAAUCAUCAAUGAUGCCUUUUACUCUAGAAGAGCUGAUAAUGUUGUCUCGCUGCCUUCGAGACGCCUGCCUAGGGAUCAUCAAGUUGGCUUAUCCAGAAACAAAACCAGAAGUUCGAGAAGAAUAUAUUACAGCAUUUCAAAGUAUUGGAGUUACAACUAAUUCUGAAAUGCAACAAUGUAUACAGAUGGAACAGAAACGAUGGAUUCAAUUAUUUAAGGUGAUCACCAAUCUAGUGAAAAUGCUGAAGGCCAGAGACACAAGGAGAAAUUUCUGUCCUUCAAACCACUGGCUGUCCGAACAAGAAGAUAUUAAAGCAGAUAAGGUCACCCAGCUCUACGUCCCGGCUUCCAGACACGUGUGGAGGUUCCGGCGGAUGGGGAGAAUCGGCCCCCUGCAGUCGAGCCUGGACGUGGGUUUGGAGUCCCCGCCUCUGUCUGUUUCUGAGGAGAGACAGCUGGCCAUCCUGACAGAGCUGCCCUUCGUGGUUCCAUUCGAGGAGCGAGUCAAGAUCUUUCAGAGGUUGAUUUAUGCAGAUAAGCAAGAAGUUCAAGGAGAUGGUCCAUUUCUGGAUGGAAUUAAUGUCACAAUAAGAAGAAAUUAUAUUUACGAAGAUGCUUAUGACAAACUUUCCCCAGAAAAUGAGCCUGAUUUGAAAAAGCGGAUCCGUGUGCACUUACUCAAUGCCCAUGGCCUGGAUGAAGCUGGCAUCGACGGUGGUGGGAUUUUCAGAGAGUUUCUGAAUGAGCUGCUCAAGUCAGGAUUUAACCCCAACCAGGGGUUCUUCAAGACCACUAAUGAGGGGCUCCUGUACCCCAGCCCAGCCGCUCAGAUGCUUGUGGGAGAUUCCUUUGCCAGACACUACUAUUUCCUGGGCAGGAUGCUUGGAAAGGCUCUCUAUGAAAAUAUGCUGGUAGAAUUGCCCUUUGCUGGCUUCUUCCUGUCCAAAUUGCUUGGAACCAGUGCAGACGUGGACAUCCAUCAUCUCGCCUCGUUAGAUCCCGAAGUGUAUAAGAAUCUGCUUUUUCUCAAAAGCUACGAAGGCGAUGUGGAGGAACUUGGGCUGAACUUCACUGUGGUGAACAACGACCUGGGAGAGGCACAGGUGGUCGAACUAAAAUUUGGUGGGAAAGACAUCCCUGUCACCAGUGCCAACAGGAUUGCAUAUAUCCACCUUGUCGCUGACUACAGGCUGAACAGGCAGAUCCGUCAGCACUGUCUGGCCUUCAGACAGGGCCUGGCCAACGUGGUGAACCUGGAAUGGCUGCGAAUGUUUGAUCAGCAGGAGAUCCAGGUAUUAAUUUCUGGUGCACAAGUUCCCAUAAGUCUAGAGGACCUAAAAUCCUUUACAAACUAUUCAGGAGGCUAUUCCGCCGACCAUCCUGUAAUCAAAGUCUUUUGGAGAGUUGUGGAAGGAUUCACUGAUGAAGAAAAGCGCAAGCUGCUCAAGUUCGUAACAAGCUGCUCCCGACCCCCUCUCUUGGGGUUUAAGGAGCUGUACCCCGCGUUCUGCAUUCACAACGGAGGCUCUGACCUUGAGCGGCUCCCCACGGCCAGCACCUGCAUGAAUCUGCUGAAGCUCCCCGAGUUCUAUGACGAGACACUUCUGCGAAGUAAGCUUCUCUAUGCUAUCGAAUGUGCUGCCGGCUUUGAGCUGAGCUGAGCCGAGACGGGGACUGACCCUCCGCAGAGGAGUUGCCCAUGCCUGUGGCUGCACCGUGGGCAGUUCCCCCGGCCACCAAGGGUGCUGGGGCCAGACUCCUGCAGCUCUCCUGCCCCUCCCCCAUCCCUCAUGCCCCCUCCUCCAUUUUCUAGAUGGUCCGUUAAGUCAUGGUCACUCACUUAGAUGGACACUGCUUUUCCAAUAACUUAGAGUAACCAAUGUUAUGUGCCAUGUGGCUACUUUAGUAACUUUGCCAAGAAGAGCACAGUUUUAAGACUAGUGGCAACUCAGUGAAAUUAACCAAAGAUGAAGCUUUGGCUUUGCUGAUGGACUCGAGCCCUUCCUGAGCUGGGGGGGCUGGCGGGGGGGGGGGGGGGGGCAGCGCGUUUGCUCAGUCUGCAGAGACGCCGGGUCUGAGAGAUGGAGACGCGUCCUCUCUGGGCCCGCUGCUUCUCAUGUGGCUGAAUUGUUUACAGUCCUAAUUGUUAAAACUAAAGGCAUUUUCUCUCCUGCUGCCUUUUCCCAAAGUGGUUAGGUUUGGAAAAUACACAACAGUGAUAAUACUUUAUUUGUGCUUUUUAAGCCAUUCCCCUGAACGGGACUAGCAUGCAUGUUUCGGUUUACCAUUGACCACAUCAUGGUGGUUUGGGUAUUCCUGUGUGUGGGUGUGUGUGAGGGGAGACUUCAUCCUUCUUCCAUUUCUGGCUCCACCUCGUGGCCGCAGAGCUUCCGGGAGAGGGGAGGGGCUCGUCCGGUUCCCGCGGCUCUCAUGGCCCGCAAUCGGCGGCGACUUGGAGAGAGCAGACACUGGCAUCGAUUCGAAUCACUUGAACCAAAGUGGAGGGCUGUGGCUUUGCACUGGGGCCGCCUGCCGUGGCGGGGCCUCGAGGCCGGCUGCCCUCCUCCCCCGGGGCUGCGCCCGCCCCUCUUACCGGAUAUCUGGGCCGUGCGCCACGCUUCUGCACCCUCUGCUUCUCCACGGUGCUGCGCUGAAGGAAGCCUGGACAGUCCCCAGCGCGUGUCCAGGGGGAGGAGUGGUGGUGACCCUCUCUUAAAAAGGCACUUUAUCAGGACCUACCUUGUUGCUGGGUGAUUUCGGUCUCUGAAAACGGAGAGCGCGUCAGAGCGUCAGUCACGAGAGCCAUAGUGACCCUCGCUGAUGCCGGGGGCCUGGGGGCUCUCACUCUGACCUCCCUCUGCCUCACCUAGCGUUUCCUGUCACUGGGCUGUGGGCUGUCCUAUGGAAUUGACCAGAAUUAGCAAUAUGCUUUUAAAUGCGGGGAAACUGAAUGACACUUUUAAGACAAUGACCAUAUCAAAACAAAAUGUAUAAUUUCAUAAUUUGAAUAAUAAAUUAAGUGUUUAAAUGCUAUUUGUAGUCUUGAUAUACAGAAAUAAAAUAAUUAGGGUUUGUCCUUGGUUUUAUUUUUAUUUUAGGUUGGUUUAUGUUGCAUGUUCUGUAUCUUCUCUGCAUAUUAGUUUGUGUAUUUUAUUAUCAGCAUUCUGAAAAUGGAUUAUCUGGGACUGAAGGGAGAUGGGCCAUUACACUUACUUGGUUUUUUUUUUCUCAGCUAUUCUGAGCUUAUUUAUUUAUUUGUAUGUUCCAGUGGUUAAAUAUUUGCAUUAAAUGUUUUUUCCCCCAA